AAAAUCUAGAAAAAAUUAAAUAACCAUGGACGUUAUUGAACCCAGUGUAUUUGCUAGACAAAAAAGUAAUGGCCAAAUAAUAACAAUGCAAUCAAUUGAAAUUAUAAACGGGUUGAACAAAUCAUACGAUCUGAUUGUUGACGUCGGUUGCGGUGACGGGGAUGUUAGCAAAAAUUUUUUAGGCAAACAUAUACCCCAUAAACAGAUAGUGGCCAUUGAUUGCUUACCCGAUAUGCUUGGCUAUGCCCGCAUCCAUAACAGUGAUGACCAAAUUGAAUAUGUAUUGCAAGAUAUGGGUCAGAAAUGGCCGGAUAUGAGUCCCCGGGUUAGGGAAUUGGAGUCGAAAGUGGAUCUAAUAUUUUCUAAUCUAGCCCUAGCAUAUAUACCCGAUAAACGGCAAUUGGUGGACACUUUUGGCCGAUUGUUGUCCACGGGCGGUGUAUUUCAUGCUAAUAUCGAACUAAUGGAAGAUAUUAACAAACGAUUGGCCAGUUAUGGUCGACCGCCGCCGAAACAACAAUGGUAUCAAUCGCCCGAAAAACAGUUAGACGUUUGGCGUCAAAGUCUAUCAUCGGAUAAUCAGUUUCUCGUUAAACAGUUAGAGAUUAUGGAUGUCUGUUGGCCUACGGAUAGACAGAAAAUGAUUGACUUUAUGCCAAUCGUUAUAUCAAAGUAUAGACAGUUUUUUACUGAUCGUAAAGAUUUUGAUAACGAAUUCAACGAUCACUUAUGGGAUACGGCUUUCGAUGCGUUGGUCAACCCGACGGCCGACACACCCAACCCCAGGGCGUGGCAACAGUUUUUGGCCGACACUAACAUUAAGGAAGUCAAACGUUACCAUAAAUUGCUGAGAAUAACUGCUAUUAAACAAUAAAUAUUAUUAAUUAA